CAGCAUUUCAGUCUUGUUUUGCUCAGUCGUUCGUAAAUCAAGUCAGCUGUAGGCAUGCAAGAGUCGCCCGUCGUCUCUUCGUCCAGCACGCCCUGCAUGCACUAGUUCAGUGUGUGUUUUUAUCUAUUUUUAGUUAAAUAGUGCCAUAAAUACUCGCGAUAUCACACCGUGUGCACGAUUGGAAGAGAGGAAGAAGUGCACGCACACACAAGGCACACUUUGAUUGUGAACGACCUUCAAUAUUGACUUGGAGAGUUUGAGUUCGAUUUGUUUGAAGGAUGUCUAGCCGAAAAGUGCUGGUGAGACAUGUAAGUAGCUUACGGUGCGACGAACUCCCGGACUCACAGGCCCCGUAUAUUCCGGACUGGUUGGAGUGUCACCGCAAACCGGUCAAGAUGAUCCUCAGACUGUACUCGAGCUUUAUCCUGUUUUGGGACUUUUGCAUCAUUCUGGUGUACUUUGCACUGCAGAUGCUUAGGUCGUUGUACCAGUUUGUGAAGCCCCCGAAGCGAAAAUCCGUCGCUGGGGAGAUUGUGGCCAUCUUCGGAACGAGUCGCGGCGUGGGCCGGGAUCUGGCGAUUCAGUUGGCCGAACUUGGCGCCAAAGUGGCCUGCAUCGACAUCAACUCCACGGACAAUGACAUCCUGGUGAAGGGGAUCAACGACAGUGGCUACAUUGCCCACGGGUUCGAGUGUGACGUGACGAACAAGAACGACGUCAUCCGGACAACCAGCGCCAUCGAAAAGAAGUUUGGCCACGUGACCAUGCUGUUUCACUGCUGCGGUGUUCCCAGCCCGAGGUCAAUCGUUACCGAACCGCCUCCAAUUCAGACCACCCUUAAUCUUAGUGUCAUUUCACACUUUUGGCUCCUGGAAGCCAUCCUCCCAAAAAUGAAGCGAAACAAUCACGGCCACAUCGUAUUCCUCACCUCGGUCGCCGGCCUCAGCGGUGUAAAGCACCAAACCCCACUUUCCGUCGCCCAAUUCGCCGUGCAAGGCCUCUUCGAGUCGGUCCUCGACGAGCUGCGCAUCGAAAAGUUCCAAAAGAGCAUCCACACCUCCCUCGUGCACCUCUACCCGUUUGUGGUGACGGAAAAGUGCCGCAACGACAUCCGGAUGCGCAUUCCGUCCGCGUUCGGAACGAUUCCGGCCGAGGAGGCCGCCCGCCGAAUCAUCGACGGCGUCCGGCGGAACGAACUCGAGAUUGGCAUCCCCAAAUAUCUGCUCGUGCUGGGCCACCUGGUGCGACUGCUGCCCCGUCGGGCGACCCUGCUGCUCCGAGAGCUUUUCGACACCGGAGUCGACUUUUGAUUUGGGGAAGGAGGAGGACACAGUCACAGAACUGACACGAAACGCAAACCUUGAUGCCAUAUUUUUUCUUGUCUUGUUUUAUUAUAAGCAAUAGGCGCCGUUCCUAUUGAUUGUUGAAGAUUAGU